AUGAGUGAAAUCCUCGUGAUUACUUGCCCAAGUGGUAAACAAUGCAGUCGCUUGAUCCCUCUCCUAUACAAUAAAGGUCGAUUCCGACUCCGAUUGGCUGCGCACUCCACUGCUUCAGCCAAGAGUCUACAAAUCUUCUACCCCGACGCAGAAGUCGUCCAAGCCAAUCUUCAAUUGCUAUCUGACUGCCGUGACCUUCUCCGUGGUGCAACGGCCAUCAACGCCGUCCUGCCGAGCUUGCAUUCCCACGAGAAAGAAAUUGGCUUCAAUCUGGUUGAUGCAGCACUCGCAGAGUCACAUCGCGAAGGAAAUGUCUUCAAGCACUUCGUUCUGUCAAGCGUACUGGGUACCCAGCAUCGAAGUUUACUCCAACACGACUUGAAGAGCUACGUCGAGGAGAGACUUUUCCUAAGUCCACUGGACUGCUGGACAAUUCUCAAACCCGGAAAUUUUCUCGACGCCUAUCCCGUUGCAGCCCUCGCCUCCCAAGAUCAUCCCGUACUGGAAAAGUGGUGGAGGCCCGAACAUGCAAAUAGUGUCAUUGCCCUCGAUGACCUUGCUGCUGCAUCAGCAAAGGUCCUCAAUGAGCGCGAGCCACACUACCUGGCCGAGUAUCCUCUUGUGUCGACUUUGCCAAUCUCAGAGACGGAUAUCAUCGGGCUUAUUGAGAAGCGGAUUGGAAAGAGUAUUGAUUUGAAGACACCCAGCUUUGACACGGGUGUAAACAAACUUAUAAACGCCUUAUAUGGUGGACCCGAGAAGGGCGAAGGUGAGAUUGGGCUCGGUCGCUCGAGUCCUGGUGAUCUGCGUGGGGACUUUGUCAGAGAUACCGUCGAACACCUGAUUAUGUUUUACAAUCGUCGUGGGCUGAAGGGCAGUCCGAACGUGUUGAGGUGGCUAUUGGGGAGAGAGCCAAUUACCGUGCAGGAAUGGGUAGAUGUUGUUGCGACAAAGGCUGGGUACUAG